AUGGGAUUAAGUUCAUUCAGGGAAGCCAUUGGAGAGGUCAAGGAUCAAACCAGCAUAAGCCUAGCCAAAGUUGCAUCUUUUUCGGACCUUCGUGUUGCCAUUGUGAAGGCAACCCGUCACAAAGCAUGCCCGGCAAAAGAGCACCACAUUCAAGAGAUCUUGAGCCUAGCGUCCUAUUCGCGCCAACAUGCGGCUUCUUGUAUUGAAAUCAUCGCGCAACGGCUCAAGAAGACGAAAGAUUGGGUUGUGGCCUUAAAAGCACUCAUUUUGAUUCAACGUCUAAUCCAGGUAGACAACCCCGUGAUCGAGCAAGGGAUUUUCUUUGCCUCGAAGAAUGGGACCCACAUUUUGGAUUUGUCAAACUUUCGAGACACCUCGUGGGCGAACUCGUGGGAUUAUACGGCUUUCAUACGGAGUUACGCUGUGUAUCUCCGUGAACAACUUGAUCACCGGAUGCAGGAGAGGAAGGCAAGGCAUGACAUGCUUUCCUAUGAAGAAGAUGAAGAAGAACAUCCAAUUACCCCUAGAGCUAUAAUCGUUAGACCAACUCCGAUCCGGGAAAUGCAAAACAAACAAAUAUAUACUCGAAGCCAACGGGUGAUGAAGCUUCUCGAUAGCUUUCUCGUUUGCCGACCUGCAGGUGCUGCAAAGAACAGUAGGCUUGUGGAUGUGGCUUUAUACCCAAUUGUGAAACAAAGCUUCCGACUUUACUAUGAGAUGGAAGAGAUCGUGACUGUCUUGAUGGAUCGAUUCACAGAACUUGACGUUGCAGACUGCAAGAAGCUUUUCGAGAUGUUCUGUCGAGUGGCAAAGCAGUUUGACGAACUCGAUGCUUUUUACUGUUGGUGCAAUGACGCCAGAAUUGCAAGGACUUCCGAUUAUCCAGAAGUGGCCAUUCUUUCACAAAACAAACUAGAUGUAAUGGAGGAGUUUAUCCAAGAGAAAAUAGAGAUGGAGCAACAAAAGAAGAUAGAUUACGAACCCAAAGAGUCUGAGCCUGAACCGGAGAUGGAACCAGAACCUAAGCCGGACGUGAAUGCAACUAAAGCAUUACCGCCAUUAAUAGAAGGAUUUGAAGAAGAAGAAGAAGAAAAAGAAGAGAAAAAGACUCAAGACAUAGGUCAUUUGUUGAACUUAGAAUAUGAUGAUGUUCCAACAGUGGAAGAACAUGGAGAUAAACUAGCUCUGGCAUUGUUCGGCGAUGGUCGGAAAACUGGAGCUCCGGCAUGGGAAGCUUUCAACGACGAAUCUGGUGAUUGGGAAAAGGCUCUUGUUGAGACUGCAAGCCAGUUAUCGACACAACAGCCGUCACUUCCGGGUGGAUUCAACACAUUGAUUCUUGACGGGAUGUACCAGCAAGGAGCAACACAAGCAGCCAUGAGAACCACCGGAAGUGCAAGUAGUGUUGCAUUUGGGUCAGCCGGAACGCCAGCAAUGCUGGCAUUGCCGGCACCACUUUCUUCAGCCAAUGGUUCCUUCACAGGUGGAGACCCUUUCGCCACCUCACUGACAGUAGCUCCACCUUCAUACGUGCAGAUGUUCGACAUGGAGAAGAAGCAGAGGUUAUUAAUGGAAGAGCAGAUGAUGUGGCAGCAAUAUUACAAUCAAGGACAAGUAGGAUUGGGUAAUACAUAUCAUAACACAUAUCCAUAUAACCAACCAUGUUAUAAUAUGGUUGGUUACUAA